AUGCUCUCCCACGAAGAAUGUCUGCGCAUCAUCAAUGCCGGCGCCGUGACCAAGCCUGAUGCCGACAUCUCUGGCAUAGGCGUUAUCCUGGCUUUCCUGAUCAGCGCCUAUGUCUCCUUCGCCGUGGUCCUCGUGGCGUAUGCCUUUGGAAUUGUUGAACCAGAAUUACUAUCACCCACGGAUUCGAAGAUCAUGCGAGUCAGGUCUCGCGUCCAUCGCCAUCCAAAGUUGCAUCGCGUCUUGCAGCAUACCAUCCUCGCGCUCAGCGACCAACAGAUUGUCACGGGAAUCGCCAUCAUGGCCGCUGGAUUUGUUGGCCUCCGUAGUGGCGAGACCAGCGUCUACCACUAUCAGAUCGUGCUAUACUUGGCAUGGCUUGCCAGUUCAGUACAUCUCUCUGCUCUUACCAUCCUACGGCCUUUUUUGAGCACGCACCCUGCCGUCCGGGCUUGGCGUCUGACAGGGAUGGUCGUGCUUUUUCUGAUGCUCGUCGUUGGCCUCAUCCCCACAGUGAGCUAUGAUUGGGGAAUCAUCAACAUCUCUGAACCCGACGACCAUGACGUUCAAGAAAACGAGACUACCGGUUGGGGUAUACCCGCCAGAUGUUUUUGGGGCAGGACUUAUGGCGAUGGUGUGAACAAUGACGCACCGAUAGGAUAUAUUCUCCUCCUGGUGAGCUACAUAUGGAAGAUCGGAGACAUGUUUGAAUCCACGAGGCGACUAUACGGGCUUGGCAUUCGCCAACCAUUGGAGAGAGGAACAGAGUCCUUGCUGUCAAUUCCCGCGAGACGGUAUAGGCAGACUCGACAAAAGAGAUAUCUUUGGUGCUUUCGGUUGUUGCUGGUUCCUGCAGUCCCUGUUGUCGCCUUUGUCGAGUUCUUACGAUCAUUCUCCGCCUCCCUGUGGCUCUCGCUGUGGGGUCUUGUUUUUGGGACAAUCCAGGUGGUGGUUCCACGGCAGCAAAAUUUACUUCAAACUGGGUCCAAGGAGGAGGAAUGGGGAUUCAGUCAACUGGUAGCCCUCAUUCUGUUGGUACAGCCGCUAGGUGCGAUUACCGAACACAUGUGGGUACGUGAUUCGGGGGAUGGGGAGCAUCAUAGCUAUGGAACGAAGUCAUCCGACGAAGAAGAGCGAGUUGCUGCAGAUCAAAGAUUGCUUGCAGGCACCCCUGAGCCAAAUCUCAAAGACAGCAGAGCCCUGAUUGAGCUCCUCGGGAGAGAGAUAGCCAUGCGAGGAACAGGUGCAUCGAGCCGAGCGACUCCGAAUAUCACAAAGAUUGUACUCUCAUCACGAGUCGGCCUUUUAUUGCUCGUUCUCAUACAGAUUACCUUGGUCGGCGGCACCUGUACCAUUCUCUAUUUCGACGCCGCUUCUGUGGGAGUUGUCAGAGGUCAGAACUGGCCAUAUGCUUUGAUAGCCCUCGCGUUCUAUGUUUCUUCAUCAUGGCUGGCGAUACUAAUUACAAGUCCUUUUAGUCGACUUGGGAAGGAUUAUUCUCUUCAUACUAUGGAUGAUCUUGCUGUGCAUGUGGAUGUAGAGAAUGACUUAAAGCCACUUGAGCUAAGUCGGAUUUAG